AGAGAAAGAAAAAUGAAUGAAAAUAUGGAAAGGCCAAAGGAAGUAGGGCACAUUCUGGUGGUGUCCUCCCCUCUGCAAGGGCAUGCAACACCCCUCUUCAAACUCUCACACAGAAUGGCGAAACUGGGCAUGAAGGUGACCUUCCUGACAAUGGGUCUGCCAGAGGCAGAGGCAGGCGCUGACGCAGAAAGCGCGGAGUGGAAUGAAGGGAUGCGCAUCAUCUCACUUCACAGCGGCCUCCAAGUGGGAGGCGGCUGGGAAGAUCAGAAGAAGCUGCACGGCAGAAUCCACACAGUCAUACCCUCAUACAUGGAGGAACUCCUCACGAAGAAAACGCAGAGCAUAAGCGGCGUCAUUGUGGAUUCAGCCUUGGCCUGGAUGCUCGCAAUACCUAAGAAGAUGGGCCUCAAGACUGCCGUAUUUUGGUGCUCCAACGCCGGAUGCUUGGCGCUAGGGUUUAAGAUCCCGCACCUUCUCCAAUCUAAAUACAUCGAUCAAGAUGGGAGUCCACUGAAGGAGGAAAGAAUCAAGCUACUAGCAGACAUGCCGGAGAUGAGAGAGAGCGAUCUGAUGUGGUAUUUCCCAACCGACAAGGAGAUACAGAAGUCGAUGUUCCACGCCAUCAAAGGCAUCGUCCACCACAUGGCCCAAGCCGAUUGGAUCAUCGGCAACUGGUUCCACCGCCUCGAUCCCGACGCCACCACCGUAACCCCAAACGUCCUCCCCCUCGGCCCCAUCCUCGCCUCCGCCGACGCCGCCGCCAGCUCCGCCCAGACUCUCCGCGCCGAGGACUCCAGCUGCCUCGACUGGCUCGACGCGCAGCCGCCGAGAUCCGUGGUCUACGUGGCGUUCGGCAGCACGGCCAGGUUCAGCCGCCGCCAGCUGGACGAGCUGGAGGCGGCGCUGGAGAUGUCGGGGCGGCGGUUCCUGUGGGUGGCGUGGUCGGGGCUGACGGAGGGGCCGGAGCCGGCGUACAGCGAGGAAUUCGCCGGGAGGGUGGGGGAUCGGGGGAGGAUGGUGGAGUGGGCGCCGCAGGAGGCGGUGCUGGGGCACGCGGCGACGGCGUGCUUCGUGACGCACUGCGGGUGGAACUCGUUCACGGAGAGCUUGAGCAAUGGCGUGCCGGUGGUGUGCUGGCCGUAUUUCGGGGAUCAGAUGUAUACGCAGAGGUGCGCGUGCGAGGGGUGGAAGGUGGGGCUGAGAUUGGAGGCGGAUGAGGGCGGGGUUGUGAGGAGGGAUGAGAUUAGGCGGAGGGUGGAGGAGAUUAUGGAAGAUCAGAUCGUCAAGGAGAAUGCCAUGAGCUUUAUGGGAAUGGGGAGACAAAGCAUCGCCAAAGGAGGCUCGUCUUCCAACAACUUGGACUAUCUGCUCAAACAAAUGAACUAUCCACGUAUAUACUCACUCUAUCAAUAAAUUGCGAAUCAUCUCAAAUAUCAAAUAAAUAAUAAAUGUAUGUUUUAUACUACAAGGACAAGAGUGGCGGGAUAUAUAUAAUUAUUCAGAAAUUGAUUUGUGGAACA